CAAUUCUUUGGUUUUACUCAAGUCGCACUCGUGCGCAUUCAUAGCCCAACAUGGCGGCUAAUAAGCAGGGCAAGAUGCAAAACCUCAUCAACUACCGGAUGAGAGUCACCCUCAAUGAUGGCCGACAGAUGACGGGACAGAUGCUCGCUUUCGAUAAGCACAUGAACCUUGUCCUCGCCGAUACAGAAGAGUUCCGUCGCGUCAAGCGCAAGUCCAAGCCCGCCGCCGGUUCGACCAACGCACCUCUUGUCGAAGCCGAAGAAAAGCGCACCCUGGGUCUUACCAUUGUUCGCGGUACACAUGUCGUCUCUUGCUCCGUUGAUGGACCUCCUCCCGCCGAUCCCUCUGCCCGACUUGGUACUGCUGGCCCUGGUGCAGCUGCCGCAGCUGCCACUCUCGCAGCUGGCCCUGGAAUCAGCAAACCCGCUGGACGUGGUCUGCCGGUCGGUCUGGGAGGCCCUGCUGCGGGUGUUGGUGGCCCUCCCCCGCCGCCCGGCGGUUUCCCUGGUUUCCCUCCUGGUGGUGCUUUCCCUGGAGUUCCCCCUCCGGGCUUCGCGGGUCGUGGUGGUGCCCCUGGUGGACCUCCUGGCUUCGCUCCUCCCCCGGGAUUCGCGCCUCAAGGUGCUCCUCGUAAGUAUCCUAAGAUUGCGCGUUAUGGUUCUUGAGCUAACUGAGGCUGUUGUAGCGGGUGCUUUCCAACCCCCACCGGGAUUCCAGCCCCCGGGACAGGGACGCGGAUUCCCUCCACCCGGCUUUGGUGGACGGUGAUUUGAUAGUAUGUGCAGCAGCAUGAUGGCUUGCAACCUGGCCAUGACACCGGCAUGGCAGAUACUUCGAACUACGAAUCAAGCGAACAAUAUUCACUCCCCAUUAGUCGCCUACUUGACGAACCUCAGACGAAUAGGCAUAGCACCCCGAGUUUUACCAGGCAAAGGCGUUGCGGCGUGUGCGGAUGCAGGGAAUGCCCUGACAAAAGAAAAGGUCGACCGAAAUAAGGAUAGGACCGACAGAAGUAAUGCUAGAUGUAUUUCGAGCACUCAAUUGUACUAGUGAAUCCUAAUGAGGGUUUGAAGCCUUUAAUUUC